AUGGAACUCGCUAUAAAGUUUGCUUUUUUGCUCGUAUUCCUUGUGAGCGUGCAUAGGACAGCAUGUACUCAUUUUCGAGGCGGCUCAUUCACAUAUAAGCCCGUCAACUCAAGUAACCCUGCAAGCACGAAGGUAAGAGUUAUAUUUCCAAACAUGUACACAUCUCUUCGAUGUGCACACGCCAAAUAUGAAUUCAUCAUAUCUGGAAAUCGUCUUUACAAAUUUAGUUUUUCCUUGCAAAACCUCCGAUGUUAACAAAACGUUCGAAUGUCACAGAUGACUCCCUUGACAACGUUGAAUUCUUGCUGAGUCGAAACCAAAUUACUUGAGGUGGUACAUACAAAAUCUUCGCAUUGCCUAUCAUCUUAACUUUGGGAAUGAGACGAUUUGCUUAUAUGGUGACUCAGUGGCGAAUCAUGACCCCUUCUUCUCGGAAUUUAAAUACUGGUCAUGCUUGAAGACAGGUUUAUGUCCUAGAAAAAUAGUCCACCAUGUGUGCAACAUUACUCCCAUUUUAAAAUCUAAGGGAAAGAAGACAAUUUGCUUGAGUCAGUUUGUACUUUCAUCUUAAAUUUGGAAUGAAACGAUCUGCCGGGUGAUAAAGUAUAACUCGGAGACGAUUUAUGAUUCCUUCUCGGAAUUUAGAUAUUUUUCAUGCUAAAGAUGGGUACGUGUCUGCGAAAAAAAAGUUUAUUAUGUCUGCAAUAUUACUCUCGUUUCCGAAUCUGGGGAAAGAAAACAAAUCACUUGAGUCAGUUUAUACAGCAAUUCUUCGGACCCUUUUUGUCUUACCUUUCGAAUGAAACGCUCUGCCGAGUGAUGAAGUAUAACUCGGAGACGAUUCAUGAUUCCUUCUCGGAAUUUAAAUAUAGUUCCUUCCCGGAAUCUAAAUAUUGUCAUGCCAUUGACUUGUUACACGUACAGGCUACAGUACGUACAGCGAACCAUAAAUGAUAAACUGUCUGUAACAUUUACUCACUUAAAGUAUUUCCAAAUCUAAGGGGAGAAACCUAAUUAUUUGAGUCAAUGUAAACAGUAUUUCCUCGGAGCCUGUCAUAUUAACUUUGGAAUGAAACGAUCUGCCGAGUGAUGGGGGAAUAACUCAGAGGUGAUUCAAGACUACUUCUCAGAAUUUGAAUAUUGUCAUGUCGUUAACUUGAGACGUACAAGUUCAUGUCGGCGAACAAUAAAUAAUAAACUGUCUGUAACGUUACUCGCUUAGUGUAUUUACAAAAGGGGAGAAGCCUGAAUUAUUUGAGCCAGUAUAAACAGUAUUUUUUCAAUGGCUGUCGUCUACAUUUUGGAAUGAAACAAUUCGCCGGGUGAUAAAGUAACUCGGAGGCGAUUCGUGAUUGCUUCUCGGAAUCUAAACAUUGUUUAUGCUUGCAGAAACGUUCGUGUCAGCGAGCAAUAAUCAACUGUGUUUAUCAUAAAUCAGUAACAUUUCUCACUGCCUUACCAAAUCUCACGGGAAGAAACCAAAUUAUUUGAGUCAGUUUAUACAGCAUUUCCUGACUGUCUAUCAUCUUAACUUUGGGUUGAAACGAUGUGGUGAUAAAGUACGGGGCGAAUCAUGACCCCUUUUUUCUCGGAAAUUAUGUUCAAUGAAUGUUCAAGCUUAAAAGUAUUAGCGUUAUUUGAAUUACAUGCUCAUUAAAUUGGCAUGGCUUUUAAGAGGUAAAGUUCGUAUCAAUGAAUUUUAAUCAUCUAUGUCUCAGCCAUAUUACUCACUUACCGCCUUCCCAAAUCUAGGAGGAAAGAAACUUUAAUGACUUAAGGCACGUGAAAGGCUAGUUUGCCAAGUAAUGGCGUCGAGUAGAAGAGGCAAACGUUCGAAACUUCGCAGCUUUACUCUCAGUUCUUUGCUCUGGCAGUGAAUUUAUCUUUAUCAUCUGGCUCAUUGACGUCUUGAUACGCGGCACACUGAACAGUUUUCCUACAAACUACCUUCUUUUCUCACCUCGCGAGCUUUGAGGGGGAAGAGCGGUGUGACUGCUCUGAGAUGAAACAUUAUUUAGGCAACGAUCGAAGUAAGGACCAAAGCCACAUAAAGUUGAAGAUCUAUAUGCUUGGCUUUCAAGGAGAGAGAUUUCCUGAUUUUUCUAUGGAGGUAAUCUAUGAAAGCUUCCAAUCGAUGCACUUGGAGCUUCUACCUCGUAUUGCAUCUGUCUGCCUGCACCGCUUUCCAAUCACAGCAAACAUAUUGUCAAAAAUCUAACUCGUCGUCAUGUUCUGACGAUUAUAACAUCAUUAUCUUCAAAGUAGGAAACAAAAUAAACAACCUAGCAAUACGUAUUCUCGAAAAAUUAUCGCGAGCCUAACGUGAUUCACGGUCGUCUGUGCCCUUUACAAGAGGUGAAGUGCGUUUGUUGUUUCGGUUUUGACAUCUCGGGUGCACUUCAAAAGCAGACUUUGAGCUUGUUCUCAAACUGAAUUAUUGCAAUGAACAAAUAUGCUAUUCGCGUUUUGCUUGCCGCCUGCUAUUUCUCCUCCUUCCUUAUAGAGUUCGUACGGCUACGAAAUAGGAUCUCCUCCACUCAGUCUUCUCGAGUCACACGCUUGACUGAAUUACUAAGAAAUCGCCCCUUCCCUGCUUAUACAAAGUAAACAUAUCUUUGUUACCACACGGUUCUAUUAGCAUGGAAGUCGCUGGGAAGUUUCUCCUCGUGUGUGUGUCUUUGUGCACGUAUUCAGUACAAAAUGCUCACAUUUUCGACGCGGAUCAUUCACGUACAAAGCGGUGAACUCAAGCAAAACUGAGAGCACGACGGUAAGCUUAUUCAGGGCUCCAAAAUAAAUUUCAAAAUGAGUGUUCGCACAGCGGCAAGAUACAUAGUUGUUGUCCGGUUCGUUAAAUCCUCGUCAUCCAGGCCUACCCUAGGAGGGAUACAACGAUUUUUCUAGGUCGUGACAAACGAAUUUUAGAGCUCUGCGAACGAUUGAGGUUCACUAGCGAAACAUACACAAGAGCAAGCAGAAGGGCAACCACAUAGUAAUUAUGCCAAGAGAAAGCAAACUUCGACAAGCGAAAACACAAGCACAAGAAAAAUUAAACAUUUUGGAUCCGCGCUACUCGUAGCUGGUCGACUUCAUCCCAAGAAGAAAACCAGUAAGAAGCAGUAAAUCCUCGCUUUCUCUAGCAAUAUUCUGACUACGAGUUAUCUUCCUCCGAAUCAAUACAAUUACAUAUUGACUUAAUGAUUAUUAGAUAAUUUUAUUAUUGUUUAGCUGAUAGAAAAGAAAUUCUAAAAAUCAACGAAAUUUCAGUCAUCUCGAGCCGCAAAAAAUUGUUCCUUUUUAAAACAAAGAAAACUGCCAACCCGCAAGAUCAAAAACUUCCGCAAACAUUUGGUUCGUCAAGUGUCACGAAAGAGAAUCUGAAAAAAAAUAUGAUUGGUUCAAGUCUUGCGAGUCAACCAAUAAGGUUAAAUCCUUUUUCUUUUGACCAAUCAGCACUCACAGAGAGAGAGUUGUGUAAGCAUGCAAGACUACCAGGUGAUGUCGAAGGAUAAGUUCGAUCCAUUUUCUGAGAAGAAGCCACUCCUUCAACUUCAACCUCAAGCACACAUUUGCUGCAUGUAGCAAAAGAUGUCCUUGUAAACUGCUUGAUUAUGGAACUCGCUGUAAAGUUUGCUUUUUUGCUCGUAUUCCUUGUGAGCGUACAUAGGACAGCAUGUACUCAUUUUCGAGGCGGCUCAUUCACAUAUAAGCCCGUCAACUCAAGUAACCCUGCAAGCACGAAGGUAAGAGUUGCAUUUCCAAAUACACAUCUCUCGGAUGUGCGCACGCCAAAUAUGAAUUCAUCAUUUCUAGAAAUCGCCCUUACAAAUUCAGCUUUUCCUUACAAAACCUUCGAUGUUAAUAAAACGGUCGAACGUCACAGAUGACUCCCAUAACUACGUUGAAUUCUUGCUGAGUCGAAACCAAAUUACUUGAGGUAGUACGUACAAUAUCUUCUCAGUGCAUAUCAUCUUAACUUUACGAAUGAGACGAUCUGAUGAUGUGGUGACUCAGUGGUGAGUCAUGACCCCUUUUUCUCGAAAUUUAAAUAUUGUUCACGCUUGAAGACAGGUUUACGACUUCGAAAAAUAAUCAACUAUGUGCGCAACAUUACACCCAUUUCCAAAUCUAAGGGAAAGAAGACAAAUUGCUUAAGUCAGUUUGUACAGCAUUUCUUCAGAGUCUUUCAUCUUAACUUUCGAAUGAAACAAUCUGUCAGGUGAUGAAGCAUAACUCGGAGACGAUUCAUGAUUCCUUCACGGAAUUUAAAUAUAGUUCUUUCUCGGAAUUUAACUAUUUUGAUGCCGUUCACUCGAAACGUACAGGCUCAUUACAGCGAACCAUAAAUAAUAAAAUGUCUGUAACAUUACUCACUUAACGUAUUUCCAAAUCUAAGGGGAGAACCCUAACUAUUUGAGCCAGUAUAAACAGUAUUUUCUCAUUAGCUGUCUUCUUAAAUUUGAAAUAAAACAACCUGCCGGGUGAUUCCUUCUCGGAAUCUAAAUAUUGUUUGUGCUUGCAGAAAGGUUCAUUUCAGCGAGCAAUAGUCAAUUGUGUUUAUCAAAUCAUUAAAUCAUCAACGUUUCUCACUGCCUUACCAAUUCUAACGGGAAGAAACUAAAUUAUUUGAGUUAGUAUGUUCAGCAUUUCCUGACUGUCUAUCGCCUUAACUUUGGGUUGAAACGAUGUGGUGAUAAAGUACGGGGCGAAUCAUGACCCCUCUUUUCUCAGAAAUUAUGUUCAAUGAAUAUUCAAGCUUAAAAUCAGCGUUAUUUGAAUUACAUGCUCAUUAAAUAGGCAUGGCUUUUAAGAGGAAAUGUUCGCUGCGAUGAAUUUAAUCAUCUAUAUCUCACUUACCGCCUUCCCAAAUCUAGGAGGCUAGUUUGCCAAGUAAUGGCAUCGAGUAGAAGAGGCAAACGAUCGAAACUUCGCAGCUUUACUCUCAGUUCUUUGCUCUGGCAGUGAAUUUAUCUUUAUCAUCUGGCUAACUGACGUCUUGAUGCGCAGCACACUGAACAGUUUUCCCAGAAACUACCUACUUCUGUCACCUCGCGAGUUUUGAGGGGGGAGAGCGGUGUGACUGCUCUGAGAUGAAACAUUAUUUAGGCAACGAUCGAAGUAAGGACCAAAGCCACAUAAAGUUGAAGAUGUAUAUGCCUGGCUUUCAAGGAGAGAAAUUUCCUGAUUUUUCUAGGGUGGUAAUUUUUAAAGCUUCCAAUCAGUACGCUUGGAGCGUCUAACUCGUAUUGUAUCUGUCUGCCUGCGCCUCUUUCCAAUUACUCCCCAAAAAGCAACCAUAUUUUUAAAAUUGUAACUCGUCGUGGUUCUGAUGUAAAAAUUUUUAGACACCUAGACGAUUAUAACACCAUUAUCUUCAAAAUAGGAAACAAAACAAACAACCCAGCUAUUACUAACAUGCAGUCCUCAAAAGUUAUCGCGAGCCUAACUUGAUUCACGGCACAUAAAUCAAAAUGUGUCUGUGCCCCAUUACAAGUAGUGAAGCGCCGAUUUGUUGUUUCGGUUAUGACAUCUCGGGUGAACUUCAAAGGCAGAUAUUGAGCUUGUUAUCACACUGAAUUAUUAAAAAUAACAAAUAUGCUCUUCGCGUUUUCCUUGCCGCCUGCUUUUCUCCUUCUUUACUAGACCUUUUACUACGGCUACGAAAAGAACAUCCUCCACUUAGUUGCUCGACUGGAUUUUAAAGAAAUCGCUCCUCUCCUGCUUAUACAAAGUAAUCAUAUCUUCGUUACCACACGGUUUUAUUAGCAUGAAAGUCGCUGGGAAGUUUCUCCUCGUGUGUGUGUCUUUGUUACACGUAUUCGGAACAAAAUGCUCACAUUUUCGAGGCGGAUCAUUCACAUUUUAAUCUUUGCACAAUGGUUUCGUCGAACCCGUUUUCAUUGUGAAAUCAAUUGCAAAAAAACUGAGAAGACUAGUUUUCUUCAAUGUAACCAUCUAAACACCUACACGGAAAUAACCACCCUACUGUUCUAUUCAACGAGGAAAAAUGUUUCUUUGUUUUGUCAUAGUAACGUAUUGACAAUUCGGUCUUGUCUCUUCUAGGCAUCACGGAAUUCGCAUGUUUCUUUAUUGUGGGGUUCGUUCUCCUAUUUUAAACGGUCUUCGUCCUGUUAAUGAAACUUUUUGUUGAGAUCAUGUUUUAGACCAUACCAUGUAUAAGCGCAGAUUUCGAAAUUCGAAAGAAUUUAUGUUGCUAAGUUUCAAUUGUUUUUUUCCGUCUUCUGAAGGCUAAAAAAGUCCCUGCAGUUCUUUCUUGAGGUCCUUAAGCAAGAGUUUGAGUUCAAAGGUUUUCCAGAAACUUUUUAACCGACGAGAUCUCAAAUGCAAAACAUUUUUCCCAUCUCUUUCAAGACAUUAGAGUUGGUUUGGUCUGGGGUUCAAACCUUUAUUCUCUCUCGUACCCAACACCCCAGCGCUAAACCAACUGAGCCAACCGAGCGGUGUGUUUUAAACUAAUGUUGUAGUAAUUUAAAUCUAUUUUCAGGUGAUCAUAACAUUCCGGAUGGGUUGGCGAAGAUCCUACUCUGGGGACACAUUCUGUGACCAAAAUACAAUAAACUCCGGUUGGCUGAUCGGCAUCAAUGGCGACUUAAUGUGCAGAUCCGGCUGCUCUGGCAGCGUCGGGAAUUUACUCUUCAAAUGCUCGGAUUUCAGUGUACAAGAGGACUGGACAACUGGCACUAACAGCUUUGAAUAUACGUUUCCCGUCACAUCAUCUCGCUACUAUAAAGUCAGGUUUGUGAUCAUUAAGCAUCUAUAAAAUCACUGACAAGGCUUUCCGAGUCCAAACUGAGAGUGAGGUUCAGUGAGGGGAGUACUUAUUAAAAACUUUAAGUCCCAGACUGGGGGCUUUUUAAGAGGGAGGGGUGCUACUUGAUAUAAGGGAGGAGGAGGGGAGAGGACUUUUAGAGGUGUACCAAUACGGAAUCAGAUACUGAUUAGAGGGCAUUUCGAUGAGAUGUCGCAGAAUCUAAAACAAAUUUAUUAUCGUUGGUAGCCAGUCAGAGGAAAGGUACAUAUCAAAGGAGCCAAUGGGGAAUCUAAGUUAACUCCUGGAAGGGCGGGGGAAAUAAGAUUGUCAGUGAUUUUGAGUGCAAUUAUGUAGACCAAUCAGAGCGAAGUUUAGCCAAAAAUGUAAACAAAAAUGCAAUCUCGAAUUCUCGAUAUUCAAUCGAUGAUUAUUCUUUUUGCUUUUUGCAGUUAUUCAGGAGUCAACUGGAUUGCUCUCGUACAUGCAUCAGCAGCUUCAUGGGAGAUUGGAAUGUACGUUAACCUUACUAAAAGAAGUGACACUGGACGUUUGAAUACGUCGCCAGUGGCGACAAUGACACCAAUUGUUCGUUUGAAAUACGGCUGUAACCAUUCUAUAGUUAUCCCAGGUAUGUAAACCUUAGUAUGUAUACCUCGAAUGCAAGUUUACCAACUUCUCCUCCCCCAGUCAUAUCUUCUCUCUUUUUACCUUGCACUCGAAAUCACCCUUAAGUUCAAUUCUUUUGAACAGAAAGUAAAUUCUCUCCAAAAGAUUCAUGUCUCUUUCAGAGAAGAAUUUAUCAUUUCAGAUUCUUCGUUCCCAGAGGAGAAUUAUAAUUCUGAGGAGAAGAAAUCCGGUUCUCGAGGAUAGAGCUGUGGGUCUUCUCCCAAGGUUAAGAAUUCUUAUAGGAAGAAUCUCGUGUAUGUCUGAUUCUUGUUAGAAGAAUACUAGUUUUUUCCCACAAGAACAAAAUUAUUUCGUCAAGAACUAUUUAAUGGUGUAUUCUUCUGAAAAGAAACACUGCUCUCCUCCCAAGAUUGUCAGUUUCUGAGUCUCCGCAUGAGAGUUUUUGUCCUUCACCCAAGAAAGAAUAUUCGUUUUUAAAUUGAUCGUUCUUCACAAAAGAUUGACUUUGCUUGUGUGAAGAAUCACAUUCAAAAGCAUUCGUGCUGAUAAAGUGUUUGUGCUCUUCUGGGGUCUGAAUAUUCUAUUGAGAAGAAUCUUUUGCCUUUGCUGGGUUUUGUUAAGUUAUUGAAAGGAUUGAUUUUCCUCUAACACAGUAAAUUACAUUGGUUCCAUUUUUUAACAUACAAUCAACAUAACAAAACUAACUCACAUAUUUUUAAUGUAUGCAUCAAGUUGUCAAUGAACAACUAUAUCAACAUUCAUAUCUCAUUUUUUGUAUCUUAUAAUAAUAUCAUAUCACUUUUAAAUCAUACCUCAUUUUUUUAUCUAUUUUUCAACACACAAUUCACAAAAAAUAUAAUUAACUUACAUAUUCACAACAAGCUCGAUUUUGUUUAAUUUGUCGUUCUUUUUUAUUCUUCUUCAUCUUGUUCUUCUAGUUCUCGAUCUUGUGAUGAGUUUUUUUGUAGCCUUUAGGCUCUCUUAUUUUUUUUUAUUCUCUCUUAUGCUUACUAUGUGAAACCUUGCUUUUCGUUUUGUUUUGUUUUUGUUUAUUUUUUGCAUGAAACUUUUCAGAACGUCUCUCUUCUUUUACUCACAUCUUUAUUUCGCCACAAGUACUAAAACCAUGUUUCUACAUUUUUGUUAUCUAGUGACCGACGAUGACAAAGACGAGGUGCGGUGUCGUUGGGCGAGAAGUAACGCUGGAGAGUGUGGCGGAAUAUGUGGAGGAUACGGGUUACCAAAUGCAUACAUGUUUUACGUAAGAUUAUUGUCUCAUUUCUAUCAGCUGAACUUGUAUGUUAUCAAUCAGAUUUAGGCUCCUUUCCGAGGGCUGCGCUGCGAAAUGAUUUUUGAUUAUGUGAUGUACUCACUUUUGGUCGGGUAGAUCUUUGUUUUCAAAAUCAGUCGUAUCAGUUACGGCAUAAAAGAUCAUUUAUAAUCUCCUACAAAACGUGCCGGAAAACAUGCAUUACAAACAAAGGAUAUUUUUGCUUUGGUCUGCUGGGUAGCGGUGCCCCAAGAAAGAAUGUAGCGUUUUGUGUCGUUUUAUCUUAUACAUGUGUUUCUCCAUUCUUCAUGAUAUUUUGCACUGUUUUUCCUCUGACACAUUCACUGUUUCUGUUGAUACAGCGCGAAUGCAGAAUCACCUACAGUGCAACGGAAUACAUUGGCUUUUACGCUGUUGCUGCCAUGAUCGAAGAUUUUGCCUCGCCAACAGACACACAGCCACUGAGUGGCAUUCCGUUGCAGUUUUUGGUGUACGUGUUCAAUUCAAACGAAGCGUGUGAUGAACGCCCGGAGUUCACGGAAUACACGCGGGCCGAGGGAUCGUGUAUUGGAAUCCCUCCUGGAGGAACAUACUUCGAUCGUAUCAUCGUGCGAGCCGGUGGACCAUCAAAAAGGUAAAAGGUAACAAAAAGUAAAAGAUAGUCCAAGUAGAUGUACUGGCUCUAAAGGUUCCGUUAGUUGCGCGGGCUACCUCGUAAAUUGUGGGUGAAAUGUAAAGGAAGUUGUCCCUUAAAUUUUCUCGACGAGUGAAUGAACGUUCGCUUGCAUUCAAAAAGCGAUUAACUUAGCAUUAAAGCAACUUGAGAGAAAUAUAUUCACAGUUCUCAUUUUUUCCUGCUGUAUUUGCAAUAUCAUUCCAGAAUUGUGGAGGUCACUACCAACAGUCCUCAGGGAUUCAUCAAGUCUCCUGUGGCUCAGUAUGCACCACAGGAAUACUACGUUAAUGUCACGUGGACACCGAUAUCAUCAGAGAUAGAGACCAAACUGUUUUGUUUCACGGGAUUGGAGGAUUCCGGGUAUUCAUAUCAUUGGUCUUUUUGUCUUGUAUUCACGGUUAAAUAUAAAACAUUGUUCAUAUUAUAGAAAGAAAUACAUACGAUUUAACCCUUUAUCCCCUAACAUCAGAAUGCAAGUUCUCCGUACUGUUCUCGAUAUAUUUCUUACGAUGCUUACAAGGAGAAUUUGUCAAACAAUCAAGAGCUUCUAAUUUACCUUAUUCUCAUGAUCUUAAUGUUUGAUUCAGGGGUGAUACUGUGAAGAGAAAUUAGAUGAGUAUCACUUUAACUUGUUAAAGAAGUGGUGUGCUAGUUAUCUUAUGAGAGUUGUGAAAGGUUUUCUUUCUUUCAUUUGUAAACCUUUUAAUUUACUUUCAGAAUUUCAGUAAUCAAUUUUGUUUAUAUGUUGUGUUUAGGGUAACAACUGAACAGAGAUGCGUCGAUCUGCUUGUUGGAGGUAAAAGUUAUCUUAAUUCAUUACCGUUACUUGAAGUAAAGCCUGAUUAACCUGAUUGGCCCACUGGAAUUUCUCGAUUAAUCUGACUGGCCCACUGGAAUUUCUCGAUUAACCUGAUUGGCCCACUGGAAUUCCCCGAUUGACUUGACUGGCCCACCGGAAUUUCUCGAUUAAUCUGAUUGGCACACUGGAAUUUCCCGAUUAACCGCUUGAUUGGCCAACUGGAAUUUUUGCGAUCGCUCGUCGCUUCUCUUUGAGCAGACUACCGGGUCUUCUCCUUCAUUUCGUGACAGACUGUCAUUGAAUUAAUUCUAAUUUUUUCAAGGCGAAAACGGUUCCACAGUUUUCGCGUAGUCAUUUUUUUGUCGUUGACUUCAAAGAAGAGGACUCGAUUUGUCUGCUUUACCAGGCCCAUAGCCACUCAAGGCCGUCGAACAAGGCCCCUGUGAGGUUUCAGAUUGGGACGAGGAUUGAAGUUUUAAUUUCUAAUUUCAGUUGAUCACAUAGCCGCUCAAGGCCGUCGAACAAGGCCCCUGUGAGGUUUCAGAUUGGGACGAGGAUUGAAGUUUUAAUUUCUAAUUUCAGUUGAUCACAUGGUUUGUACGCCUAACUUGCCUAUAUAUAUAUUUUUUUUUUUGCUAGUUGCGCCUCCACAAUUUGCUAGUCUCUCACCACAAGGAGAAGUUCUUCCCGACACAAGUCAAUGGACCAUCACUUUUGACAAACAGGUGCCUUGAAGUAUUAUCUGAGGGAGGUUGGGAGUUCCAUAAUGAUUGAAACCUAGAAUAUAACACCGGCUGAAAUUUAUAGGUUCUGUGGUAUUUGAUGCUGAAAUAUGAUUUGAAUCUAUCAAAAUGUUUAUUACAGUUCGUGCGUCCCACACGAAGCAGCCACAUCCGGAUCCAUCGAUCUGACGACACAGUUGUUUUCAGUGUUGACGUGGCCAUUACUGCCGGGGUGUUGUAUCCAGUUGGGAGUCUGGGGCGGACUAUUCAGUUCACGACGUCGCUGACCUUUACAGAGAAAGAGAGUUACUAUUUAACAAUGGAUCAUGGCAAGGAUACUGGAUUUAUCUCAUGAUCAUACAGUUUAUGUAACAGAUGUUGAACCUAUCACCCAAUGAAAUCGCCUCCAUACAACUUUCUCCAAACUUUUCCUGAAUUAUCAAUUUGAUAACUGUACGUAUUGAAGCCCGGAGGAGAAUCGUGUUUUCUCCAAAUCGUUCCAUGAUCUAAGAACUUUGUCCUUAGAACAUUUGUUGCAGAAAAAGCGGCUAAAAUUUGAGAAACUGCAUCAAAGGUUUUUAAUCAAGCCUGAAGUCAAAGCAAAUGUCAUAUUGACGAUAUUUUCUGGUUCCCUUGCAGGUGUGGCUAAAGGUGUUACCUACUGUGGUGCUGAGUCGCCUGCCAUCACAGAUCCUUACACCAUGAGGAUAAAGAUAAGUACGUUGUUAUUUCUGAUAUUGCUAACGACUAUUGUCAAUAGAUUAGAAACUGUUUAUAACCUCUUGUUAUUACACUAUCAUCAUCAAACUAUUUGUCUUUUUACAGAGGAUAUCACCCCACCUGUUUUAACAUUCAUUAAUGCUCCAUCUCGUUCUGGGGGUGACUUUCAAAUCACUUGGACAGCAAACGAAAAUGUUACAGCUCAGUGCACAGUGCAAACUCCUUCCCUGCUCUUUGGUCAGCCAUGCAAUUGGUCGUGGACUGGAAGCAAUCUAACCGAGGGCUUCUACAGCAUUUAUGUUCAGUUAACAGAUUUGGCGGGAAACUCCGCACCGCCUGCCAGACACUCAUGGUUUGUAGGUAUGUCGAGAGUGGAGACCCGUGUUAUUAAAACCACUGAAAUGGAGGUAAAAGCUUGAAUAGGAUGCUGAAAUGAUUUUUGUUCAGUAAACGGAACUGGCGGAAAACUCGGCGGCGCCAGCCAGACAUUCAUGAUUGGUAGAUAUGUCGAAACAAUUAAUUUUUCUAUUGAAAUGGAGACAAACACUUGAUGAGGGUACUGAAACGAUAAUAGUUAUGGCAGCCAAGCGAUUUGAUCAAAGGAGGUUCGUUUAUCAUCUUUUGAAAAAAGUAAUUAUGUAUGAAACCAGUGAAGCAACUUCGUGAUUGAGAGAUGAUGUCUUAGAGAAUAUGCAGCUUUUUCAAUGUAACUUACGCGACGCAGAAAGAAAGACAUAGAAAGCUCAAUCCGAAAUUCAUGAUCGAUGCAUAGAUUACAAAUUCAAUGCCUUCUUAGUUUUUGCUGUUUUUUCUUUGUUUCAUUUUUCAGACCGCACACCACCCAUCGUUAUCAUAACUUCAAAGCCCGCUACUGUUAGCAAUCAAAAUUCAUUUACGUUCAGCUUCAACUGUCGAGAAACCUGUUCGUUUGAAUGCUCUGUACGUCAACAUGGUAACAAUCCCACAUAUUCACAGUGCAACAGCAACAGAUACACGGCCAGCAAUCUGCAGAACGGAAAGACCUACGUUUUCUAUGUACGGGGAACGGAUGACGUCGGGAACCAGGGAAAUCCGACUAGUUAUAAGUGGAAAGUUGGUAAGUCAAUCCUCCCUGGGUUAAAGAAAAAAACUUUGCACUUUUGUUGGUAACAACAAAAUUAGUGGGGGGGGAAGGGGAGGAAAGGAUGUCAAUGGAAAAGUAAUGUAUAGAGGAACAGCUCAUCUGAAAUCAUUGUGACCUAAGAAAAAAUUUUGCUAUAUCAAUAUCAUCUUGCUAAGCGUUUACCAGAUAGUUAAAAUCACCGUAAUCUAACAACAUGGAUUAAGAAACAGUUCUCAAUUUUCUGAAGCUUCACAUGAUAAAGUCUCUUUUGCAGUGCCAUUUACUGCAUGUCUUAAAACUGCAUAAAUGACAUAGUUCUGUAGAGAGCCUGGUAACAAUCCAUAAUUUGAUCAACUUGACUUAUUCGGGUUUUAUUCCUUUCGUCUCAACCUUCACAAACAGAUUUACAACCACCGAUUAUCUCAAACAUAGCUUCUCAAACAGUGGAUUGCAAAUCAGAUCUCAGCUCAUCAACCCUCGUCAAACCUUCAGUCAACGACAGCGAAGGAUCGAACAUAACAUUAAGACACCAAGAUCUUCCUGGAAGUAGCUGCAGCUUUCAAAGAAAAUGGACCGCGACAGAUCAAGCAGGUAACAGUGCCUCCAAAAUACAGAAUAUCAAUCUCAUCAACCUCAGGCCACCGACAGUGACUUACCAAGGUAAUGUCACCAUUGCUUGCGGAAGCUUUGACGAACAACAGCAAGAUAUGCGGGAUGCCAUUAAUGUCACUCAUCCUUGCGAUCGGCCAAUCACGAUAACACACGUAGAUUCUGUUCCCACAAUUCUUUGCGCUAGGACCUUUAAGAGAACAUGGACGAUUACAGAUGACUGUGGGAAGCAAGUAUCUGUUAUCCAACAGAUUCGGAUCUUAGCUCUUCAGUUGCCAGACUAUCCCAAAAAUGGACAGGUUAAUGUGGCGCUGAGAGAAUCGCUCGAGUGGCCUCGGUAUCCAGGGUCUGCUAGUUACAACGUCUACCUCUGGCAAUACGGAUCUACAAAGCCUUCAUCACCAACUCACUGGUAUGUUGAUAAAUGAAUAAGUCAUCUUUCUUUUUUUUGUAAUGCUCUCCAAAAGAAAAAAAAUUAUUUAACCACAGAGUUCUUGAACAACCACAGCACGACGAACUGAUGUGUGAAUUAUUUUACAGUUUCUGUAGCUCAUGGCUAAUUUAAUAAUCUUCUUUCAGGACUCGUUAUCGAAGAUAUGCUCCCUCUUACCCAGGCUACCCCGCCGACACUAAGAUGCUGUGGAGAAUUGAAUACGUUCUGAGUUCAGGUGCUCUGGUACCCAGUCCCAUCUGGGGAUUCCAAACCAGGGCUUUUCCGGAUUUUAAAGUUGAGAAGGUCAUAGUACCUCCAAACGCUUUUUCUGGUCUGAAGUUUGAAGUGUCGUGGGUAGUUCGAAAUAUUGGUAAGGUGGGAAAUGCAUUUAAGACGUGGUAUGAUGCAGUGUACAUUGGAAAAAGUACUGACUUCCGUAACGCAAGGUUGGUUUUAAAGACUGAUUUUAUUGUUAUUGAAUUUAAUUAUCUAUAGGAAACGGACUUUUUAUAACCAAAACAAAAAGGCAACUGUUGAAAUGAGUUUUAAACACUUGACCAAUCUAACAAGAAAGUCGCUUUACUUAACUGUUUUUCUUGCCAAAUUAUUUUGGUAACAUCGUGUAUGAUUAGCAUAUACUCUCGUGCUCUUGUUGGUAAACAAUAACUUUAUCGUUAUCAUCACCACGUACGAGAAAAUAAAUUUACAUUAUCACAUAAAAUGCGGUAUUAUACAGGGAUUUCUGGCCCAAGGAGAAGCCGUAAUAACACACGUGAAAAAAUUUGGUAUUUUUUCACGUGCUUUGAUAUAGCCUGUGACUGCCAACAAAGUCAGGUUUCAACACUUGAACGCUUUAAAAUUUAUUUACAUUACGGUUGAUCGUGGUUGCUAAAAGGAACAAAUAAUUACAAGUUAUUGCCAAGUAGAAGGAAGAGGAAAACGCAAAAUAACAGAGGAAAUAAAAUCGGACAAGGAAAGUCACUUACAAACGUCGUGUGACUUGCGAGCAUGAAGGACGGAAAAACUAAAAGAUUAUCGCAGUGAAGGAAUCGAUGUAAACAUAAUGCACUCUGAUCCUCCAAUGUUCAAUUUUUUUGAGAAACUUUUACGAAGGAAAUAAAACAAAGCAGAAUUAUGCGAAAAAUACAAAUACAGAAUACAAAUCGCCGUGAGUGAAAAGAAUGCGAAAACAAUAAGAAAAAUGUGCGUGCAAAAACACAAAAUUGUAAUUAGGAACGUAAAAGGAAAGAAAUCACAAGGUGGGAAUGCCGCAGUAACAUAGCCAAUCAGUUGCUGGCACGUCACUCGCCUUUGACGCCACUCGGUCAGGUUGAUGAAUGAACGGCAAAGCCUUCAAGAUUCCAAAUACAAGGUAGUUUGUCGGAACUUUCUCGGAUAGUGGUGGUUAAAACGCUAAAAAAAUCCGUAUCGCUAACAGACAGUGAAGUUCACACUUUCCUAGAAGGGGAAAAAACAAUUUACCAAAAGAUAAACCGAAAGUUAAGUAUUCAGUGCCUUUGGUGUUGGCAUUUCUCGCGGCUGAGAAUGAAAAUCGUCAACUGGAAGAUUUGCCAUUGGCCGAUUUUGGCCGUUUACCUGAAAGACUUCUUUCUGUCGUUAAAGACAAAGUCAAUAAAUGAUAAUUUUUUAAAUUGAAAAUUACGACCAUUGUUGUUUUUGUUAUCAUGAUUCAACGUAUUUUUCUAUCUUAAGAGUUAGCGCCAACGCACUCUACGAUUGUUAUUUGGGAAUUGCCGAUUCAUUUAUUUUCAUUUAUUAAUUAAGUCGGCUUUUCUUGUCAGUAAAGGGCUAUUUGGUCUAUGCGAUAAACAAAAUUAUGCAUGAUUACUUGUAGAUAUGGAAUUUCUCUUCUCGUGUUCAACGCGACAUCUCACUCGUUCGCUACGCUAAACCAUGAGUUAUCAAGUUGAACACUCGAAGAGAAAUUCCAUAUCUACGCGCGCCCAUGUAUUAUCAUCUAUAUCUCUUGCACCACGCUAAUACUAUCGUUACGUUUAUUUCACGUAUUUCCUAUCUUGCUCUCUGAAACUAAGAACAACUUCCACAUUUUGAUCCCAGGCGUGCAACAACUGUACGACGCAAGGAGAUUCUCUUUCAAAAUGAUGGUUAUACUGCAAGGGGAACAGUUCAACUUAGAGUUGACGAUUAUGGCGUGUAUUAUGUUUUCGUUGAAACGGAUAGGUACAACAGAGUAAGUACUAAGAAAAUUACUUUUUAACAAUAUGCAAAAUCGUCCUCGCCUUCUUUCAAAGAUGUGAAUUGGUAUUGAAAUGAAUGUAAAUAGCACAUUUAUUGAAUUUCCUUUUGUUGCAGAUAAGUGAUAUCAACCGUGCUAACGAUUUGCUGUUAGGUGACAGUCCGGUGCAGGUGGCGCUCACUCCCCCACCAAACCUGAAAAUUGUUAAAAUUGUGCUUCCAAGUCCAUCGCUUUCAGGUGAGGAACUCUCUAACAGUAGUUGAGUAAAUUAUUAAUAAAUAAUGGAAUGGUUCUGCUUUGUUAUAACCUAAAUGUCAGCUGCUGUGUAUGUUCAGUCUGGGUGUGAUUAAAACCUAGAUAAUUUUUUUGCUUUCCUAUAGGUAAAGCCAUCAACAUAACAUGGACAGUGAAAAACGUUGGAGUGGGCGUAACUGCCCAUGGUGCAUGGUAUGAUAGAGUUUACCUAUCUAAGGAUGACAAAAGAGGUUAGAGUCUUCCUUAAAUCCUAUCUACAUGUACUAAUUUUGAGGGUACUCUUCAACAAGAGACAGAAAUGAAAUUUCUGUAUCAUUUAGCCUGUGUUUUGCAAUGAUUUUAACCUCUUGAAAAGGAAAAUUUCAAGACUGUAAAAUCAAAGUAACUCUAUAAUUCCUCUUUUUCUGUUCAGACUGGUCUGACUGGAUCCUUGGCACAUUUUACCAUCAUGGAACACUGUCUGUUGGUGCAAGCUAUAAGCGGAAACAGCUCGUUACUCUGCCCAACGCAAUCUAUGGCAAUUUUUCGAUUUUGAUAGUAACGGACAUUUACAAUCAUGUCUUUGAGCACAACAAUGAGGGUGACAAUCUUAAAGUGCAGGUAAUUGACCAACCAAAUCGAGUGAUUAGGAACGUUCUCUCAUGACUUCUAUAGCCUAUCCUACGUGCCACACAUCAGAUAUGAAAUAAAUCAUACUAGACCUCAGGAAAGGCUAAUCCGAUAGAUGCCGUCCAAUUGGGUGUGAUUUUUUAUCUUCGAGAAAGUGUAUUGACGUGUUUGUCUUUACAACUCCAAAUUGAUCAUAGAAAAAGAAGGCAAAUGAAAUUCAUUUCACCAAAAAAUUCUGAUCAGAAAAAGAGAAUUGGAAACCAAAUAGUACUGGAAUUAGCGCCCCAAUAGCAUCUGGGAGGAAUGAGUUCAAGCUCGAUCGAAGUUAGUAUUUUUUUAGUUUCCCUAGUUUGAGAUUUAGAAAGGAUGAUUCUCAGGUAAGAUUAACUAACAAAUUACAUAAAACUUACAUCUUGCGUUAUUUUGCAGGCGAUGCGAAUACACUUAAACCCUCCCCCAGAUCUGGUUGUUACUUCCAUCACGACACUGGAAAAUUACUACACAGGAGAUGAAAUGGAAGUUCGUUUUAACGUUUCAAACAAAGGCCUUGGGGAACCCUUUUACUACUGGUGGAGAGAUCGUGUGGUGAGUGGGAAGCUAUCGGUGGAAUCAUAAGGGUUCCCCUACCUCUUCGAAUUUUUUAUCACAUCAGUGCCGUGAGCGAUUGCCUCGUGAUCUUUUCUCCUUGGAUGGAAUCCAUGAAUACUCUUAGUCCACGAACACCAAACUUUAGUCGUUCCCAUGACUCCUCCAGGCAGCAUGGAGUUUCAUGAUUAGUUGAGCCUAUGAGUUAUUGACUUUCGAAAAACACAAGUUAUCUAUAACCAAAGAGAAGUUCCCGGUUCAAACAUUAGAUGGAAUGAAACACAUUGUAAUGUCUAAAACUAAAUCUAUCAAAAAAAAAUGAAAAGUAAAAUUCUGUUGAAAGGGCCCCCUAGGAUGAAUAAGCUCCCCCUUCCCCCCCUUUAAAGUAAAUCACCAGGCAUGUAGAGACCCUUUGGGGUUUCAUUGAGAGCGUUGCCUGUUCCCAAAUCUAAAAUCUUUCAUCGGGUAUUACACAGGUAGACUAUCGUACUCUGAAUUAUCAAUCAACAAGAUUAUAUAUAUCUGUGGGUAUGUUGACGUACACAAAUGGAUAGAUCAUUUAAAUCCUAUUUUGCUUUCAUUUUCACAGACUAUCACAAAUACUGCAUCAUUAAGAUAUGAAGUUCUUGGAGUCACCCGAUUUUCAGGGCUGUUUCCGCCCUCCUCGUGGUACGUUAGAACUGUGAAUCAAUUCAUUCCUUCUAGUUGGGAAACUGGGCAAUACAACAUCACCGUAUUCACGGAUUAUGAAGAUGACGUUUUUGAAUUCAUCUUUAACCAUAAUAACGAGAAAACUGUCCAGGUGAAUGUCACUCGCAGGCUGCCCGACCUGACCGUUACGCAUGUCAACGCUUCUGUAACCGCUGACGACGUCCAAGCCUACUUGAAUGUCUCUUUUACGGUUGAAAACGUUGGAAAGGGAGUAACAACCGAGGCACCGUGGUUCGACUCACUCUACAUCUCGCCGCAUGCUCAUUUUUCGCAAAGCAAUACAAUAUGGCUGGGAGAUUUCCCUCACAGAGUCAACCUGGGAUCAGGUAAACAAUACAGCAUCGAUACAGGACCCAUACGCAUAAACAGGGAUCUUUUUGGUCAGCGGUUUAUAUUCGUUAAAACUAAUACGUAUGGUUCAGUCACAGAAAAUGACCAAAAGAUCAACGUCAGAUCCUCUGGAAAUGUGACAUUUCCACAAGUUCUGCCUAAUCUCGUUGUGGCAAACUUUACUUUGUUGUCCCGUAAGGAAGCCCUGUUGAGUGAUUCUGAAGUUUCGUUGAAAUGGACUGUUGAAAACAAUGGAACAGGAAGCACACUGAAGAAAUCCUGGCAAGACGCGGUUUACCUGUCAAAAUCUCCAACCGUACAAAAUAACUCAACAAAACUCGCUGACGCCUUCUUCAGACAAGCUAUAAGUCCUGGUCAAAGUUACACCAAGGUUUCAUUUACGAAGUUACCAUCUGAUAUAUCUGGAACUUAUUAUUUUGUUUUGAAAGUCAACGAAGACGGCUCAAUAGUUGAAAAAGGUUCGCAGAUGAACAACUUAGCUUGGAUUCGUGCAGAAAUUUUACCUAAACCACUGCCAGACUUAGCCGUUGUAGAUACAUCUUUUGUUUUUGAAGAAAAGCGUCGUUUCCUGACGGUGUAUUGGUCAGUGGCAAACUUUGGAAGCUCGAUGCGCGAGCCUUUGACUUGGGUGGACAGCGUUACAAUCUCUUCCUCAAAAGGCGUCAUCGAUGGCAAAGAUGCUCAUGUUAUGGCGUCUGAAACCGUUACUGCUAAACUAGAUGAACAGCAAGAGUACCAGCUUUCCGCUGCUCUACAGAUUAGCGACAAUAUAAUAGGAAAGUUUUACCUACAUGUGGUCACAAACUCCAACAAGACCCUCUCUGAAGUCUCUGGAACCUCAAAUAAUAUCGGUGUUUCAAGGAACCCUCUCAACCUUCCGCCUCCCCCGGCUCCCAGAUUAAUCUUGACUAUUAUUUCAAGUUUACCGUCUAAGAUCACCCUUGGAGUUCCUUUCUCCAUCAAGUUUCAGGUAAAAAACGUGGGAGUUGCUGCAACGAAGAAAACAUCAUGGACAGAUGCGCUUUACGCUUAUGACAGAAAGGAUGCAAAUCGUUCAGAGGUCACUGAGAGAGGAACGAAAUUAAAGGAUAUUCCCCACAUAGGAGCCUUGAAAGCUAAAUCGUUUUAUGAAAAAACUAUCAACGUUUCAAUUCCACAUGGAUUUCGUUCUUCGGCUUUCAUUCGUGGCUUUGCUGACAUCCACAGUCCUUUUACACCGUGGCCAGAGAUUGUUGAACCUAUCAAUAAUACGCAACCUAACGUUACACAUCCUAAUGUCACCCAGCCUAAUGUCACGCUACCAACGGUAACACCAACUGUUCUGACGCCCAUAGUUAUAACAGAAGGAUUGUUACCAGAUCUGCAAGGCUCACUGGGAGACUCAAAGGUGCAAACGCGUGGCGGUCAGCCAUUAAAUGUCACUUUCAACGUCACAAACACCGGGGAAUCACCUGUAUGGGGUGCGUGGUAUAAUGCGCUGUAUCUCAGCCAGGACGUGCUGAUCGACCCAUUUGAUCGGAAACUUACCACUGUUAGAGCAACCAAUCUCGCCGUGAACGACACCGUGUCCUUAAGCGCUGAGGUCUUCAUUCCCUUUGACACUCUUGAUUUGGACUACUACCUGUUACUGUCAGUGGACAGCAAAAGCGCCAUCUGGGAGAGUGAUGAACAGAACAACGAUGCUUACCGGCUGAUAAAAAUAAACAAGACAUUCAGUAGUGACUUGGCGGUACUGUCUGUUUCCUCGUCUGGUGGAGAAUUCUCUUAUGGCCAAGGUAAGAACUAUUUAAAACAUUACACCCCUAAAUGGAAAAGCUAAAUGCUGCCAUCUCUUUUUGCUAGACGAUUAAAAAAUAAAGAAAACAAUGAUUUCAUCACUCUGUUCGUGGGCUUUACGUACGACGUAUUAUGCGCUUACCCAAUGAGUGACUGCAAAUAAUAUCUCGGCAAAACCGAUUAAUCAAUUUAUGUGAACGUUCUUAGAAAAUCGAAAAAAAAUAUCAUUUACUCAAUUCUGAUAACGACUUCCGCCAAGGUGUAGAAACGUUAGUCACUAGCACCGAGAAAAUUCCUUCUGUGGACCACUCUCACACGAACGAUCAGACUAAACUAUCAAAUGUUACUCUUGGGUUUAAACCCUUUACUGAAUCGUAUCCUGAGAUAAACUUGAGCGAGCCAACUUUAUAAUCAGUCCCAGCCAUGUUUCUAUCUAUUCAUCUAUUUUUCCAUUCCCCCAAAGUGCUGAUCAUGAUAAUUACUUUAAUAACCAAGGCAAAAUUACCAACAUUUCUUUCAGAUGUCACAGUAAACUGGAGGAUAAGGAACAAUGGAAGUCAACGCACAGAAGGAUAUAAAUGUGAUACUGUUUACUUAUCAGAAGACGAGAAAUGGCAGAUAGAAGACGUUAGAUUAGGCCAUCCAAUCUGUUCAUAUGUCAUCCUGGAACCCUAUAAUGGAGGUUCAAACCAAGACACGUCAUACUCCACAACAAGUGGGCUGCCGCUGACAGCUCUGGGCGCAUAUCACGGCCUCGUGAAAACACGAAGUAACAUUCUAGAUCAAAACCUCCAAAAUAACAUUGCUGUUGGGUCAAAGAAUAUAAAUGUUACGUUUCCAAUUCUUCCUCUCGACGGCUGCGUGGAUGUCACUUUAAAGCCAGACGAACAAUCUUCUUUUCUCAUAGACAAUGUCCCAGAUAAAAAGACUCUCAUUGUUUCUAUAAAUAGCAGUGAUGAUGAUGCAUUCCAUGACCUCUACGUUAGACACUCUAAACCGGCAAACGCUUACCAAUAUGAUGGUGGAUCAAGGCUUGCCCUGUCAGCCGACCAAGAGGUGAUCAUUCCCGAAACAAUCUUUGGAAAAUAUUACGUUCUGAUGACCCGCCGACAAGAUACGUCCGUCUCUGGGCCAAUUACCAAGCCAUCACGAUUGUGUUCGCACAUUGCAAAAUUUGAAAUCACUCGGGUAUUCCCAAAUCAAGUGGCUCCAAUGGGAAACGCCACGUUGCGCUUAGAGGGAGCCUUGUUUGGACAAAAUCUGGAAGCUUUUCUCGUAAAUCCAUCGUCUGAAGAUAACUUUGUCGAAGCAGUAAAGGUGUAUCGAAUGAGCUCAAUUGAAGUAUAUGCGACCUUCAUCACAGGAAACCUAACCAUUGGUACCACAUUCCAUGUGAAACUUGUCAACAUUGAGUCAAAAGAAGAAGCCACAUUGCCUGGUUCUUUGGUCAUAACAAGUGGCGAAGCUGGACGAUUAGAAACGUAUGCAGAUUUUCCAGAAGCUCUGCUUGUGGAUUCAUCAGGCGUGAUAACGGUCACCUAUGAAAAUGUUGGAGACACUGACAUUGUUAGCCCUGUGUUGGCUGUUCGUGUUAUCGGUGGCCAAGCUCAACUCCGCCCUGUUCAAAAAGCGUUAUCAUCUGGCCAGUUCUCUUCCACUGUGGUGUUUUUAGCCCAACCCUUUCAAGGUCCAGGCGGUAUUUUGCCUCCAAAGGCUCAUGGGGAAAUGGUAUUUGAUUUCGAGUCUCGUGCAGGCGGUGUGACACAAAGCACAUUCAGUCUUCAAAGGUUAGAUGAAAACGACAAGCCUCAUCCUUAUCUGAACAGCAGUGAAGAUCUGAAACCAGAGUUUCUAAGCAGCGAACUGUGGGCUCCUGUUUGGGAGAAUUUUCUAAUUGCUGUUGGGAAGACAGCCGCUUCAUUCCAACACAGGAUGUCAGCGGUCAGUACCUUACUCAGCAAGUCUGGAAGAAGAGUCAACUUGGUGGAUGAUCUUAUUCAGUUCCAACUUGAUAUUGCAAACGGAAAACUGACGGGUGAGAGAUCAUCUUUUUCUUCAAAAAAAAAAUACUUCAGAGAGAAGAAUAAGUCUGGAUAAACAUUUACUUGUUUGUGGCUUGUAAAUUUGAGCUUGCUAACUUUUUAAAUCAUUCUCAGCCAAUUAUUCAAAUACUGUACGUUUGAGUGUCGAAAUUGCACAUUUCAAAUUUUGCAUAAAUGUUUUCUGUAUUUUUUUUAAAGGCGAUCCGUUGUUAACCGAAGAUGACAUAACGGGUCAGACCGCUGUAGAUUUGGCCUUGCCUUUGUUGCUACAAAGAAUCUACAGUCCGCUGAUAUCAAAACGAAGACAAAAGGGCGCUUUUGGUGCUGGUUGGAUUGCACCUUGGUGGUAAGAAAACCACAGUUGCUGUUUAUAAACGUGUUAAUGAUAACUUUAACUAUGAUGAAAACGAUGACGAUGAUAGGAAGGAGUCUUUUAAGAGGAGGCAACUAAUAAGUGGAGGUGGUAUUUUGUAGGGCCGAGUCUUUCAGCAUAUCAUUUGAAAACUUCAAAAUACACUAACGAGCUAUAACCAUGAGUAAUGCUGAUAUCAUGCCCAGAGGUUGUUUGUGGUUGUUGCCUUCUUUUGAAUUGUCUUUAUCGGCUCUUCUCUUUCUUCAUUAGGAUUUUAAUUUAUUUUAUACUUUAACUCUAUAAGGGAGGCUGCGAUCACACAAAUUACACCUGAAACUAUUAAAAUUGUGCAAUUACGUGAAGAGCUGGUGUUUAAAGUUGUCACAGCUGGGCUUUACAGGUCGUUUGAUGGAAAGGAGAUCACUAUCAACAACACAGGUGAGAAUCGUUUGCGGUUUGAGUUUGUAUCAUGGUUUUCUAUUUAUUUUUACAGUUAUAACCACCCACAAAACGUUGGGAUUCACAGUAUUUUUUUUUUUGCCCUAAAUUACGAUAAGAUGAACAUUCAGAGAUCAUGACUCACCGAAAAGUGUCGAAAAAAGGAAGAGGAAUUGAGACGGGAAGCUGAGUUAGAACGCGUGCUGACGUGGUCCUCAUGUCUUCAUGGACAUGUAGACAUUAGUCUCUUUGCAUGCAACCAAAAUUUUCAAGAUUUCCGGUCUAAAAUAGAAUGGAACGGAGAAGUUCCGAGAUAAGCUUUCGAAAAUUUAGGAAUACCUUUUCAGUGUGCCCUCUUGGAUGGAAUUUCCGGAAUUAUCGAAACGUGUGUGUUCCAUUCGCGACAGAUCUCUGUUUUAGUCUUCCUGCCGAACCUGAGCUCGCGUGGAUGGAUGGGAAAACAGGAAUGGCGGGCGAAGUUCCCCCAGCACCACAGCAGCAUCAUAGUUCCUUUAGAAAUUUUCCCCUUUAAAAAUUAUCAUUUUUGCCAUGGCACGUUAGGAAGAUUUACUUAUUUGCCUCGCCAUCUUUUCGUUGGUGCAAGCAAAAGACCUCUUUCUUUCGACAUAUACCACAAAAAAUACUGUUAAUAUUUCUAUUUAUACAGUCUAGCUGACACGAUAAAAUUAUCCACUCUUCUUUUCUACUUAGACGUUCGCUUCACCGACUCCAGCACCUCAACUGUGUUCAUCUUUGAUUCUGUCAUGAAUCACCUGAAGGAGAUUCAGAGAGUUAAUGAGACGAUCACCGUCGAAUAUUCACAAAACAGAUCCUCGACUUUCACUCAUUCGUCCGGAGGAAAAAUCUCUGUGAAAUACAACGACAAAGGAUUUGUACGAGAGGCUGAAUAUGAAGAUGGAUCGAAUAAAAAACAGAGAUGGUAAGAAUGUUUUUCCUUCCCUUGUCAAACCUUCGAGAAUGUGAAUUACCACGGAGGCUACGUGGUCUUGGGUCCAGGCCCUCCACCCUGCUACCCACUGGAUUUGUUCUCAGUUGCCCCCACUUAAACUCUUUGGCUACGCUUUGUAUACAGCCAACUGGUCUACCUCUAUCCAGCUGGGAUGUUUUAUACACUAUGUUUGUAUAAAGUUUUUGCGUCCAGUCUGUUCGUAUUGGCCCUGAAAGCACUGUUGAUGGAGAAGUCAGUUAAGGAUGCAGACUUUCAUUUGUACAUUACGCUUUGACAUAUUUAAAAAUUGAACGUCUUGUCUUAUUUUACCCGCAGUUUCUACACAUACAGUUGGGAUACCGGGUCUCUUUUGUCGGUCACAGUUGGUGAACAAAUCACUCGUUACACGUACAACGUCCACGGCGAUCUUACAGGUAUUGUUUACCCUACUUCAUCCACUGUCAAGUACUCGUGGAACCAGUAUGGACUCCUGAGUAACAUAACAGGUUUUAGCAAGAAAAACAAGCUAAUCUAUGGAACACAUUUCUCGUACGACUGGAAUGGAAAGGUGAUCGUGACCAGACUUCCACAAGGAGACUCAGCUGAGCUUUUGUUUAACGAGAAAGCAAAGAUGAUGGACAUACAGGGUGCUGGUCUUGGCGAUGUACGCUUUGAAAGUGUCAGAAAUGAUGACGAGGUUGUUAAAACUGUGAAGCAAGGAGACCAGGUAAAGGAUUUAUUUAACGCUCGUUUGAGUUGCUAAAAUUAUUAGAAGGACAAGUAAUGCUUGCAGAAGAUUUAACGAUAUUUUAUUGCGGCUAGGCAAGGGGGAAAAACGUGCCGUUUUGACCAACUAGCCUUCGGUCUCAGAGGAUAGGUACUCACCGUAAAAAAGGACAAGAAAAUUUCCGCUUCUUUAUCAUGCGACGAGCUCUGAUUAGACGCUGACCUCGUGAAAACGCCCUACUUGAGCAUUCCCGCGUUGUUCGUGACUGAAAUUACCAUCCAUCGGGAUUUACUACCUUUCGUUCACGGCGUUAACACCAUACUGACACCAACAUGUUCGAGCCGUUUGUUCUAAGAAUAUGCUAUCAAUUUUUCAGAUUGUGUUGACAAGGAAGUACAACGUGAAGACAAAUAUAAUGACAGUUAUUGACGCAAACGGCCAUGAUACAGAAUUCCUCCUGCGGCAAAACGGGGACGUCUUGAACACGACGGAUCCAGGAGGUCUCGUUUAUCAGAAUAUUUACGAUGAAAAGGACAACUUGAUCAAAUUCAUAUACCCGGAUGGUAAAACCGAACUAUCAGACUAUGACGAUAGAGGGAGACUGGUGAAGUUUACUGGUAGAGCUGGAAAGGAAGUCAAGUUUGAAUACGAUGAAAAUAACCAACUUGUAAGUUUGAGCUGACUGUCAGACAGUGAUAAGUAGUGUUUUCUUUAUAAGCCACUUGACUAUGUCUAGAGCCUGCUCGUGAAUUAAGCAAUAUUAAGUUCACGGCGAAAAUAUUCAGUAAGCUCGGUAAGUGGAAAAAACCACUUGAUAAACACAAAUCGGACUGUUUGUGGCCUUUGCUCAGGUAAAACACAUAAAAGCCGCACUUGUGGCCAUCAUACAUGAAGUACCUAACGAGAAUAUGUACUUCACCAAUGAUUUUAACGUAUUAUUUUGACUUAAUUUAGACGGCAGUAAGCUUUCAGUUUUUUUUAGAGAAAACAUCGUUUGGCUAUCUGUGAACAUAAGUAGGCUUGUCCCAAUUGUGCUUGGCAACAUUUGAGGAACUUUCAGCGUUUGGAGCAACUUUUUGCGGUUCUAACAAUUUUAGUUGAGAUGAAGAUAGGUUUGGAGCACAUAUCAAGCACGAAAAAGUCAACGAUUUCAUAUAAAACUUCAAUUCAUACGAAUUUCUUGAAUGUUCAUCAACUUUCUGAACACAUAACCUUUCACUUGACAGCGUCUCGCAGGCCUACUACGAUCCUUAUGUAAGAUUAUAGCAGAUUAUCGGCUUUGAUGACUUUCAGCAAGACAUCAAGUGAACCAUGUUUUUUGUUCCGUUAAACUUUAAAGUAUUCUUAAAUUUCGCCCAUAUUUGCGAGUAACUCUUAAAGCCAAGUUUCAAGCCAUUUUUCUCGACCGAUGGCAUUUGUAAUUAUUGUGAAGACCGAAAAAUAAAGCUUUUAAUUAACGCUUAUGUAAAAAUCUCAACAAAUUUAGGUAUAGCAGCUUUUAAAAUUUAGAUAGCAACUUUUUGGAUUUUUGGCAACCUUUUUAGCAUUCCAGUUAGCAACUUUCCAGCGUUUUACUAGCUCAACGGGACAAGGCUAAUGGUAAGGGAAGUAUACCUUUUUUUCCCCAAGGUCUGGGCUCGUUUAAAAAACAUAUGUUGGGGUAUGCCAGAGGGAAUGAGUUAAUUUUUCUGUUGAUACCUUUUAUCUGUUUAUGCAGGUUAAAAAAGAUGUCGACGAUCUUAGCUCUUCGUAUUUCUUACAUGAUAGCGAUGGUAAUAUCGUCCAAGCGAUUAAUGGUAUCGGUACAAUCAAUAUUGCCUAUGACGGUGAAAACAGACCAACCAGUGUCACUUAUCCAAACCGUCAGAUUAUCAUUUAUAAAUACAAUGAAUUCCAACGUCGCGUGGGGCUAAAAGUCUCCAGGUUAAACCUGGUUUACAAGUAUGACCAGCUUAACCGGCUAUCGGAAGUAGUGCGCGUAGACUCGGGUACGGCCGACGUUCUGCUGAAAUUGGAAUACAACUCACAAGGGAUGUUAUCCAAACGUGUCCUUGGAAACGGAGCUUCUUCCGAGUACGUGUUAGAUCCAGUUAACUCCAAACUGUCGCGUGUGGUAAAUUACUUUCCAAAUGGCAGCAUUUCUUCGUACUUUGAGUACAAUUAUGACAAGCAAGGACGAAUCAUUCAGGAAAACACAACAUCAGGAAUCUGGCAUUACAAAUACGAUACAGCAUCGCAGCUCAUAGAGGCAAAAUAUCCAGACGGUAAAACUGUUCGUUACACCUACGAUAAACGAAAAAAUCGAGUGCAGGUUUCAGAAGAGCCUGGUAACAAGACUUUAUAUUUUGUCAAUGAAGUUAACCAGUACACUUCGGCGGGAAAUUAUGAAAUCAAGUAUGACGCCGAUGGAAAUAUGGUGGAAAAGACAAACAGAGAUCUACGGAAAGACAGCGUCAAAUUCAAGUUUAGCACUGAAAGUAAAUUGCUACAAGCUGAAACCCCAAACAGAAGGUGAGAAACUUGACCAAAAUAGAAGAAAACUUGUUACCUUCGUUAAAUAAUAACCCACUCAAACGGCACUUGUAAACGUUAUUCAAGGGCGUACCUAAGGAGGGUGAAAAGUCCUCGAGUGUAUGCCCCCUCUUCCUUCCCCCCCCCCCCCCUCCCCAGUAAACAACAGCAAUAAAUUGGAUUGUCUCCAAAUGCCAGUAAGAUGCGACUUAUUGUUUUCGAAAGUAAUCAUUACAAAACUUUCCUUCCAGCAAGUGAACGGCCAUUACUGAAAUUUCUUCCCACCCGAUUCCAAAAGACUUUCAAAAUAUCUGACUUACUGUUUUUGUUACUACAGGUGUAACUAUGUGUAUGACGGCUUUGGAAACUUGUACAAGAAAACGUGCGGUCAAAAUGAAGUGCAAUACCUAAUUGAUCCUUUUGGGAAUCCAGGAGCUGAUAUUGUUGGCCAGGUAGAAAAUUUUCAUGACAUUGUACUGGUCACGACGUUUAGCUGAAUAUUUGGAGUUAACAAUUGGCUUGUGGAAAAUUUAGAAUUACGUCUUAAAAUUUUCAGCCAUUGAGUCCGUCACAUAGAGAUGACUUAAAGUGGACUGAUAAAAUCUUAGAAUAAACCUUUGCAAGGAUGAAGGAGAGAGAUUGUAAAUGACGAACAUGCUUCGGAAAGGCCAGUUUUAUUCUGUAGUGGCCAAUUUGGUGGGAGAUCAGGAUAUCAAAGCAAAGCACCUGAUUGGCUUGUUUUCUUCGACACAGUAGCAUUUCCUUUGUGUUUUCUCUGUCCAAAGUUUUCUGAAUUUCACAAUAAAUUAACUUUUUUUUUGGCAGAUUACCGGUGUAAAUGUGACAUAUUUUAUUCACUGCCAAGAUCUUGGAUUAGUUGCUUUGAUGGACACAAAUGGAGAUUUAUAUUAUUACGAGUUCGACGCGCAGGGGUAAGACUUCAAAGCUAAUAUUAUUUCUACCGUCUAUUGGACUGGUUUCUAUUUGCACCACGACAAAAGGGAUUGAUGAGUCCAAGGAGGCAGUUAAACCUUCUCAUCUUCCUUGUUUUAAGCCCCAGUGAACUGGUUGACAAUUCACUUGUGGCGGCCUUGGCCAACCAAGCUACGGCACAAGCGAAGUGAAAGUUUGUUGUCAAACUCAGGAACACGUGUUGUUCCCAAGAGUAUUAAUAAUCUACCACCUUAGUAUUUAAUCCUUAAAAUCCUGAGAGUGACCAGCAUCUAAUUUCUCUUUACAGUUAUACUGCUGAAUCAUUCAUUAAGAUCAUAAGAAUAGAGGAAGUGAUCACCAACCUAAGAAGCUUUGAUUGUUCAACAAAUUCUCCUUAACAGUAUCGAAAGAAAUGCAUAGAGGAAUGUGUGGAGAAGAUAAAAACUAACUGUUUAGGGAUAAAAGAUUCAUUAUUAUUUGGAAGACUGAAUCUGGUUCUGUACUGAUGCCUGCUAUCUUGCUUCCUGAAAAUGAAAAAGACCUGCCAAGUAUAUUACUGACAAAGAGAAGCACUACAUUAUGAAUUGCCAUUGUAUUGUGACAUGUCAACUCCCCUUUGCAGGUCUGUCGUAGGAGUACUGGGUCCCAAAGGUGAUCUAGUUAAUCGGUACAGUUAUGACCCGUAUGGUAGGAUAUUAGCAGCCUCUGAAGAGUUGCCCCAGGACUUCAAGUUCAUUGGUCAAUGGGGAGUGACCGCUGAUCGCGAACUAAGAAAUGUCUACUGGAUGCGGUUCAGGCACUAUGAUGCACAGCUUGGACGAUUUCUUAGCUUCGACCCACUUGGUAUGGAUUUCUCAGCGAAACUGUAUGUGUUUAUUAAAUGAAAACAUUAAAGCUAAAUGAUACAAGCGGAGAAUUUAACGAUGUAUUUUAAAUUACUUUGUUAGAGAUGUCAGAGAACCAGACUUGAAGGUCUUUUCUAUCAUUUCAAGGCUAAGAAUGCUGAAAAAAUCCCAUUUGAUUACACAGUGUCAUUUUAUUCUGUUUUUCAUUUCAGGUUUUUCAGGAAAAAGUAUUAAUCUAUACUCGUACGCAGCCAACAAUCCUAUAAUGCUGAAAGAUCCUAGAGGAAAAUUUUUUCCCUUUGCCAUUAUAGCCAGUGGAGCCGUGGGGGCGAUUGUUGGUGCAACGUCAAAUGUUGCUGCUUAUUAUGCUUCUCAGAAGAUGCUAGGGCAGGAGGUAACUCUUGGAGGUAAGUGAACAGAUUCAAUCAAAAAUCUUCAGGCUUGUAAUGGAAACACCAUGAUAUCGUUUUCCAAAUAUAUCGUUUACAGCCCGCAUAAGCUGCGUUGGGAGCAAAGAAAGUUAACGCGACACCAAUAAAAAAAAUUAAGGACGAAAAGUGAGCUAGAACAUCGUGAACGGUUAUAACCUAUUGGUACAACCGCGAGGACUCUGAGUGGGUCUGUUUGAAAAUACUUAAAAUCAGCUGGAUUUUACAAGCGCGUAAAAGAUCGAUUUCAAUCGAGUGCUCAAGAUUGCUUUGUUUCAGUUUGAUGUACUUCGCUCUGUUAUUGGUUCAGAAAACUCCCGCCCCUCUCUUAACCAAUCGAAUGUAAAAGUAAAAUUAAUCACGACUCGGUCGCCCGCGUUUUCCCGCGUUAAAUGGUCGGUUUCACUUUGAGUUCUCAUUGGCACUUCAAGAUAACUUUCUCUCUUCUGAUUAGCUGUUAUGAUUUCUUUGGUUUUAAUCAACUGAAGAGCGCUGUAAUGGCCAGACUAUGGUUAAUAAUGCUGGAUGAAUUGAACUACAGCUCUAAUGUUUGCUAUCUUCAGGGGUCGUAUCAAGUGCCUUAGGAGGGCUCGUCUCUGGAUACGUUAAAAAAGGAAGUAAGUGCUAUACUUUAAAAGAAAACGAAAGUAUAGAUUGUUGCUUUCUUCAUCGUUCUAUUUCCUACAUAAGUGGUAUGUGACUCAUGAGCUCCAGCUCUAGUUAACGUUAACAAUGUUAAUAAUAACAAUUUCUGUAUAUAUUUAAUUACCUUUACGCAGAAGUCGCAGUUGGGUUUGCUAUUGGCUUUGGAAGCUCAGCACUUCAGCAAGGAAUUGAUAAUGGUGUCGGGAAUGUAAAUUGGCGACAGGCGCUAGAGGGCGGUGUAAGUAGUGCGAUCGCGUCGGCCCUACCACCCCUCAAGAGAUCAAAAUGGAGAACAGGUAGAUGUACUCAUUAUUUUACUGUCCACCCCAGAUAUUGCUGUGAAGAAAUUGUUUCAAAACUUUCCACAUAAGCUUUAAUGAGUUCUGAUCGCUUCAGGACCGCUUUUUAUUUUCUGUUGAUGUCUGAUAAUGUUGUAUUAAAGACUCGUCCAUCGCCUAGAUGCUGGAGCCCGAGGAAAUGAAUUUUUGUUUUGGUGUACGCUGUUUUGAUAGACGUAGUCAUGAUUUUAUUUUUACCCAGAUAUGCAGAGUUCUCCAAAUCUGAGCUACUCUAUCAAAAACGAGUCUCCUGUAAAGACAGGACGAGCCGACAAUUGAAAAUUAAUGAACUUAUUCUCACACUAUCCUAUGCCACUGCCCUGAAACGUUGUCCCUUUCGGACUGAACUUUCCCGUUUCGUACACUGCAGGAAAUUCUUCGGGGAAUUGCCCUUCUUUGUUCAGUCAUUGAAGUGCUUAUAAUGUUGAUAUGACUGAGGCAUCCUAGCCUUGAACAUUUGAAAACAAAUUAUCCGUGAGAUUGUAUGUGACAAAUUUGUUACAUAGAAGUAAAACCCUCCACAUGUUAAUGCUGCGUUUCUUUUGAAGGGAAUGCCCCAGUGGACGAUUACCUAGACGAGAUAUUAGAUAAGACUGCCAAGAAUCUGAUUAUUCCACCACUGGGAAAAGACAUUGUCGUUAAGAUAAUCAUCUGGGUUCAGUCCUGGGAUCCGGUGAGAUGAUCGAUUAGCAAAUAUUGUCUUUUCUAGUCACAAUUUUAGAUACUUAGGUUUCCUUUAUUGCCGCAAUACACGUGCGCAUAGUGUCUCCUAUGGGUCGUGUUAUGACGUCUCCACAAACUAUUUGCGGAGGUCGCACCCGUCCGCACCCGGACGAUCAAACUACAUUAUUACAUGUUACCCCCGGGUUCCAACCAUUUACUGUAUCAAGAUCUUUAUAAUAUAACCACGCGUAUCCUAGAUGUUGUCUUUACAGACUUUCGCUGUUACCGCUCAUGUAAAGACUUACCCAGGCAAAGCUCUGUUUGAAUGACUAAGGAGUUAUGAUAAAGAAUGUUUUGAUUUCGCCAGAUCGCACACUAGAGAAAACGAUGCGUCCUCAUUGUAUGCAUGCAGUUGUGAUACAUGUAUGCAAUCGUUUCCUUUCAUUCUGUCAGCUUUUUCAGUAGCUUAACUCAAAGUUAAUUUCCAAGUCCUCACCGCAACUUUAUGGACAUUUCCUAAUGGAAAAAGAUUGAUUGUGUUUUAUUUACCAUUGAUUUGUCACAGAAUGACAUGAUUGGUCCUCCCGGAUAUGGAGACGCUCGCUUUAUUUCAUUAAAGACUCCUCUGAACUACAAGAUCAGGUUUGAGAAUGAUGCAAAUGCUACCGCGCCUGCGCAGAACGUGAUUAUCCUGCACACUUUGGAUCAAGACCUGGACAUUCGCACAUUUAGAAUUACAGGGUUUGGGUUUGGCAACUUUACUAAAAGGCUAAGCAAGGCGGUAGCCUCCAUUCAGGUAAGGAAACCAACCAAGUGUGUUGAGCUUAGUAAAAGUCCUAUAUUACUUUAGAGCUCCAAUCUUAAGUCACAAUAGCUGUUGGAAAUUCUCUACGAUAAGUUUAUCUAAGGGAAAAUAAUGAGACAUUAUUUUCUCGUGGUUCAUCUACCAAUUAAACCCCCCCCUCCCUCCCUACCUCUCCUCAGCCCCAUUCCGCCAAGAGGUGUCAAUCGCGAGAGGGCCAUGGGUCUAACCCCUUAAAGAAGCAAUCUGGAAUCCCCUUCUAUUGACCAUGCCUAGACCCAUGCCUAUGUCAGUAACUAAACAAUAUUCAACCAUUACUUAGAUGGUAGAUUUUUCUAGCGUUCCCUUACAAACAUUUUUUGACACACUUUAAAGUAUACAUUACGAAAAUACAUCACUUAUAUCGAUAAUGUUAAUAUCAACAUAUGUAUAAUGAAUUAUUUUGUUUUUGUUUUUGAUCAUCUGCCAGGAAACAAUCAAUUUUGUAUCAGAGAAAAACCUUUAUGUAAGAGUAGUGGCUGGCAUAAAUGUACUUACCCGUGAGGCACACUGGGAGUUUCAAAGCCUUGAUCCUCUCACAGGUAGCUGGUUGUUCACAUCACAAAAGGAUCUACUACUUGCCUCUGAUGAUAAACAUGACCAUGAUUUAUGCCAAAAUGAAAAUUUCGCUCGUAUUUCUCUCACGCAAGAGACGAAAAACGGGACGGUAAAAUCUCACAAGAAUAUUAUUUGCGUUGGGCAAAAUAUGUUUAUAAGAAAAAAAACACGCAGCAUGAGAUCAGAACUUUUCUUGCGUCUGGAAAACAGAAGAAUUGGGUUUAGACUGGUGAAUGUAUGGUCAUUUGUUUUUUUAAAAUCAGUGAGUUUAAAAACCCAUCUUGUAGUGCUUGUGUAUUUAUAACAUGGUUUUAUGAUUCCGGCAAUGAAACCCUACAGUGUGUUCGCUUAAAAUCAUUGACAUUGGCAUCAAAUGAUAAUUUUUACGUCCCAAAUUGUUUCUCUUUUACAGGUGAGACUCCGGAUGAUCCUCUAACUGGUUUCCUUCCACCAAACAAUGGUACCACUGGACAAGGAUAUGUGAGUUUUACGGUUCGCUUAAAGAAGAACGCGCAAUCUUUAGCAAGGAUUGAUGCAAAGGCAAGCAUCUAUUUCGACAAGAACGAACCGAUUGACACCCCUCCGAUAUUUAACACGGUAAGGAGUUUGAUAAAGCCAUUGAGGUUGAGGGAUGUGAAUACCGGAUGAGUUAAGGAAAAGCCAGAAAAAGCACAACGUACUGUUUUUGUCGUUCUAAAGGGAUUGCAGGAUUGAUGCAGGAUUGGACACCUUACGAAGCAAGAGAUGACGGCGAUAAAAAAUGCAAACGAUUAAUUGAACGCUCUUAAUAAUUCCCUCUUGUAUUUCUCGAUUUCUAUGGAUCCAGAUUGACAGUUCCAUGCCCUCAUCUAAUAUAUCUGUGAUAAAUGAAGCCAUGGAGGUUGGAAAGUUGGCCCUGGAAAUUGAUACACUGGACGAAGAAUCUGGGGUGAAGUCUGUUGACGUGUUUUAUCAAAUCUCAGCCAGUAAUGGUGAGUCUCUAUGAUUUUGUUCUAUGUUUUUUAAGCUUCAGUCAAUGAAUAAUAACGUUUGGACAAAUAAUCCACUUUCAAUCGUCUUUAUCGAGUAGAAAGCAUUAGGUAUACAACCAGAAUUACGCAAACCCUAUCGGGGAUGUGAGCUCACAAAAAAGUUUCUUUCGUGUUUUAGUAGCAUUUGUGAGUAGAUAGCCGUGAACAAGAGAGGAUGAAGUGACGAAAUUAGUCCUAUCUUGCCCUGAGUAAUUGACUUAGACAUUAAAAGCUUCUGAUACCGAUUUUUUCUGUCGUGCAGUUGUGCCCCAGAACCGACUGAUACUUCCCUUGGUGUCCGAUGUCGUUGAUAACACAGUGUUUUUGUCCCUCCCCCCUGGGAACACCUACUCACUUUUGGCUUUAGCUGUUGAUCACGUGGGUAACAGACAACUGAUGGAGUGGAAUCGUGCAAUCGCAGUGGACUUCUCAUUGCCGACACGUGCGUCCCAUGCAGUCAAACAUUGUUCAUUAUAAUCAACAAAAUGACGCACAUUUAACAUCUUCAGUUUUGAGCCAUAAAAUCUUGCAAGCCUUGUAAAGAGUCAUGUAACUUAACAUAUUUGUUUAACACAGUAAACAAUCAAAUACUUACAUGUGACACUUUUUGCGCUUGUUUACCACCUCGCUGGUUUUUUGUCUAUCGUACAUUGUUCCGUUAACUUUUUUUUCAAAAUUUUUUCGCAACAUUUUGCACUUUAUGUAUUAAAUCCCAAUCAACAAAUCAAAUGUUAUCCUUUGACCUCUAUCGUUAACUUCAGUUUAGACUUGUGGCUAUCUGCGUGUUUACUCAAGAGAAAACAUCAAGUCGAUCUACUAUUACUGCUUCUAUUCACGACGACAAUCAUAUCAACCUGAUAAUUCACGAGCAUUAAAUUAUAUUAUAUUCAUUAAUUUUUGUUUUAUUUUCCGUUUAUUUUCUUUUUUUUUUCUUUUUCACCGCAGCGUCGUGUGAACGGCUAAACAACUGCUCCGGCCGCGGAAACUGUACUGUUUUGAAUUUCUGUGUUUGUGAAAGUGGAUCUUAUGGCCUUAACUGCUCGCGUGGUGAGUAUUUUCGAGCAGAAAGCGUUGGAACGAGAUAGUUUGUUGAAUACGAUAUGAAUGAAAUUAUUGAUGCUUUCAUUCACUGGUUAACAUUUGUUUUUGAAUGAUAAUAAUUAUAAUGAUUACAAUAGUAAUAAUUAUGAGAGCUUAAUAGACUAAAUCCAUUAUCUUAUAAUGCCACUUAGUUCAUACAAUGAUUUUAAUCGUGUUGUUAAUUCAUUUGCAGAUUUUCCUCUACGAUUUGAGCCCCCGAUAAUCAAUGCCAUGUACAGUGACACAAUUGAGGACGUGCCCGCUCAGUUAUAUCUCUCCGCUUUUGUUCCGGAUUUUGACAUUAACAGCUACACUAAAAAUUUCACCCUGAAACUCAUAAUCCAUGAAAUUUCCGACGGAAUCGCUUUUAGUAAAGGAAACAGGAGCGGCGAUCGUAUUGUGUUAGAGCCUGCAGAUUUUGGCGAUAUAUGGAUGAUACCCCAGAAAGAUUUCUCAGGACUCGCGAGGUUUAACAUUACGGCAAUAGUCUCCACCCCAAUAGAAACUAAAGCGGUCUCUAGACAUAUUGAAAUAAACAUCACAGCCGUUGCAGAUGUUCCAUUUCUUAAUGUCAGUGUGCCGUGUCACCAUUGGAACAGCAGUGAAAAGCUUAUUCCAGUGUUCCUAGAAGCCCAUCUGAAUGACCAAGAUGGAUCAGAAAAUCUAGCAAUCGUCUUUUCGGGUUUACCGACGGGCUAUCGAUUGGUUCACGUGAAUGGCACGAGCUUGAUGAACAGAAGUAAUACAAGAGCCCCUCCAAACGCGUCCCGUUUGUUUAUUUCAAUAAACGAGACUUUAAAACCAUUCGUGCUAAGAGUAAUUGCCACGGCAGAGGAAAGAUUCAAUGGAGACCAAGCAAACCAAACUGCUGAUGUUAAUGUUACAUUCUGUGGUAAGUCUUGUGACACCGAGAUUUGGUUACAAAACCGUCAAAGGGUAGUCUUGUUCACGGUGAUUUCCAUAUAUGACUGUGGUUUAAGGACCUUUAAUCAUUCGGGGAUUGGGCCUUGACUGGAGUCCCUUUUCUGAGGCAUUCAGAAAAUCGAGUUAGAAGGAGUAAACGAAGAAAAUUUGGGCAUACUCGUUGGUUCAUGCUGACGGCAAAGUCAAGAGUUGAGCUUUUUGGAAGAAAACACCCCAUAUGCAGAGGAUAGUCUUGCUCACAGUGAUUUCCAUGUAUGACUGGGGGUUAAUGACCUUUAUUUAUUCGGGGAUUGGGCCCUGACUAGAGUCCCUCUUUUGAGUUAUUGGAUGAAGGACAGGAAUUCAGAAAAUCGAGUUGGUAGGGGUAAACGAAGAAAAUUUGGGCAUACGAUCUGGGAUUCGUUGGUUCAUGUGGGCGGCAAAGUCAAGAGUUGAGCUUUUUUAAAAGAAAACAGCUAUAAGCAGAGUCAAAGCAAACUAGUUAUACGCAGACUGGAAACAGUUUGGUUGUGGUUACUCCAAUCCUUGUUUCCUUGCUGCAAACUUCACUUGCUACAAUUGCACCCGUUUUAUUUGGGUUUGGCUCUCGUUGACUUGAACCACAUGGUACUGUUCUAUUUCCUUCACACUAAGAUUUCUUUUCACCCAACCGUUUAUCUGCCUCGCUCGUAGCUAACUUGAUUUGUUCGCCUGUUCUCCAAUCUUCUCCUUGCAGGUAGAAAUCUCAAAGAUAUCCUCAUGGCUUGAAGUCGCCCUGAGAACUUUUCUCACUUUUUAGCUCUUGAAAAAUUAAGGACCCAACAUGUUUUUGUUGUUUCAGUGACUUGCGAGGCAGUGAACAACUGUUCCAAGCAUGGAAGUUGUAUAGAAGUAAAUACCUGUGAUUGUGAUAGUGGAUUCAAAGGAUCUCUUGAUUGCUCAACAGGUUUGUUUCCUACUUCAGUUUGUUCAGUGUUACUUUCUCUCCCUUUAUUUUGCAAGAUCAUUUCAUUGCAUCAUGUCUUACCUCUUUUAUCUUUAUACUCUCACUUUUCAACUGUAAUAACAGUUUCCUGUGAAGAAGUAAAUAGUUGCUCCGGAAGAGGAAACUGUACCGGCCCUAAUGUUUGUACCUGUGAAGAUGGAUACAAAAGUGUCGGGUGCUCACAAGGUAACUGACAUUUUAUUUUCUGAAUUAGUGACAACUUUAUAAAUACCAAUUUUGAUUAAACGUUAUAUAAAGGUUAAUUAAACCCCGGAAUGUUUCCCACUCUUAUUGGCCCUCUAAAAAGUAAAGCAUGCAUCGUUCUCAAUGAAAAGGCUUCAUUAAUCUCUAGUUUUCCCAGUAAAAAUAAAUGCAAAAAAGUCAAAUAAUUCUUUGAUUAACCGCCUUCUACAAUCUGGAACAAAUGAAAUGAAUUGUCAAAUUGUAGUUUUAGCCGGUACGUAAAUGCUAAGACUAAAACGCUGUCUAUUUCCGAGCCCGAGGACACUGUUGCGUAGGUACUCUUCCCCUUGGGGCAUGCCGUUAUUUUGUGAGAGAAGAGGGGGAAAGAGGGAUUUUUUCGAACCUUUGAAUGUUAGUUAUCAUAACUGGCAUAUCAUACAUCUUCUGUAACUAGUUCAGCCAGUUUCUGUGUUUCAAAAUUAUCAUUCCUCGUCCUUUCUAUGGAUGCAUCUUUAACAAAUCUUUUCUUUGUAUUUUCGUUUUCGUUUAAGCAACCUGUGAACUUCGAGAUCACUGUUCUUAUCGUGGUGACUGUAUCGGACCUAAUGUUUGUUCAUGCUACGUCGGUUCCCAAGGAUUGAACUGCUCUGGAGGUAAGAUAAAUGUGAAACGUUCAAAUUUACUUUUCCUCUGUCGCCCCACGACGAAACGGUUAAACGGGUUUACCAGGUAAGAAGAAGGGGAUCGGUUUCAGUAUCUGAGUAACUGCGCACUUAGGGUACCACUCCCAUAAUCCUAUGACAGUCAACUGCUAUCAAGUUAGGGUUAAUGUUGGGUUGAGGGAGGGGUGGGUACGUAGUUGCUCAGAUAAUGACAUAGGUCUGAAAAAGGCAUUAGUUAUCAUCGUUACAAUUUUUACAACUGAUCAAUUAUCUAUUUUGCGUUUUAACACAGUGAACUGUAAAUUAGUGAACAACUGUUCAAAUCAUGGCACCUGCACCGGACCCAACCAAUGCACCUGUGAAGAGACCCGCCAGUCACCUGAUUGUUCA